CACCGGGGAGCGGGCGGGCGGCGAGCGCGAGAAGUCCCGGCGCGGGCGGCCGCGGCAGUGGGAAAAGAGGCCGAGCGGCCACUUUCUCCCCGCCCGGCCGGCCGAGUGUGCAGGCGCGUCCGCCAGCCGUGCUGCUGCGUGUGCGCGAGUGUGAGUGCGGGUGUGCGCGGCGGCGGCGAGAGAGAGAGAGGCCUCCGACUCCCGGCGCGCACACGCACACUCACUCGCUCGCUCGCACGCACGCACACGCGGACCGCGGCCCGGCUCGGCGGCCGAGAGUUUGCGUCCGCCCGCCCGCCCGCGCCGCCGCCUCCCUGCCGGCCGAGUGUGUCCUUAAGGGGAGCCUUGUGUGCACAGCAGUCCUGAAGACCUCCUGAAGUUUCUUUCUUAGCUGCUACAAGGUUAAAAAAGAAAUCAUGACUGAAUCCGCCUCCAGCACAAGCGGCCAAGAGUUUGAUGUGUUCAGUGUUAUGGACUGGAAAGAUGGCGUGGGUACAUUACCUGGAAGUGACUUGAAGUUUCGGGUCAAUGAGUUUGGAGCCCUGGAAGUUAUUACAGAUGAGAGUGAGAUGGAAAACGUUAAGAAGGCAACGGCGACCACCACCUGGAUGGUCCCGACCGCUCAAGAAGCCCCGACCUCUGCCCCGAGCUCCAGGCCUGUGUUUCCACCUGCCUACUGGACAUCUCCACCCGCAUGUCCCACAGUCUUUUCAGAGAAGACUGGAGUCCCUUUCAGGUUAAAGGAGCCGACAUCAAAGACAGAAGGGCUUCAGUUCUGUGAAAACUGUUGUCAGUAUGGCAGUGCAGAUGAGUGCCUUUCCGGAGGAAGCUUCUGCAGCCAGAACUGCGCUCGGCAUAUCAAAGACAAAGAUCAGAAGGAAGAGAGGGACACAGCAGAAGACAAUGAGGAAGAGGAUUCCAAGUGUAGUCGGAAGAAAAAACCAAAAUUAUCUCUGAAAGCCGACGCCAAGGAGGAUGGAGAAGAAAGGGAUGAUGAAAUGGAGAACAAACAAGACGGGAGAAUCCUGAGGGGCUCACAGAGAGCCCGGAGGAAAAGGCGAGGGGACUCGGCCGUCCCGAAGCAGGGUUUGCCUCCUAAAGGCAAGAAAGCUUGGUGCUGGGCGUCCUAUCUGGAAGAGGAGAAGGCUGUGGCAGUGCCUGCGAAGCUGUUCAGGGAGCACCAGUCCUUUCCAUAUAACAAGAAUGGAUUCAAGGUGGGGAUGAAGCUGGAAGGCGUGGACCCUGAGCAUCAGUCUGUGUACUGUGUUCUCACUGUGGCCGAGGUUUGUGGGUACCGGAUCAAGCUGCACUUUGAUGGGUAUUCCGAUUGCUAUGAUUUCUGGGUAAACGCGGAUGCACUGGACAUCCACCCCGUCGGAUGGUGCGAGAAAACCGGCCACAAACUCCAUCCUCCCAAAGGAUAUAAAGAAGAAGAAUUUAAUUGGCAGACCUAUCUGAAGACGUGCAAAGCCCAGGCAGCCCCUAAAUCAUUAUUUGAAAACCAGAAUAUAACAGUGAUCCCAUCAGGCUUUCGAGUUGGAAUGAAGCUUGAGGCUGUAGACAAAAAGAACCCUGCAUUCAUCUGUGUUGCCACGGUAACAGAUAUGGUGGACAACCGUUUUCUGGUGCAUUUUGACAACUGGGAUGAGAGCUAUGACUAUUGGUGUGAAGCAUCCAGUCCACACAUUCACCCAGUUGGUUGGUGUAAAGAGCACAGGAGAACCCUCAUUACUCCACCAGGUUAUCCAAAUGUGAAACAUUUUUCUUGGGAUAAAUAUUUAGAAGAAACCAAUUCUUUACCUGCUCCUGCAAGAGCUUUCAAAGUGAAACCUCCGCAUGGUUUCCAGAAAAAGAUGAAGCUGGAGGUCGUCGAUAAGAGGAACCCCAUGUUUAUCCGAGUCGCGACCGUGGCAGACACAGAUGACCACAGAAUCAAAGUUCAUUUCGAUGGCUGGAGCAGCACCUACGACUACUGGAUAGACGCUGAUUCUCCCGACAUCCACCCCGUGGGCUGGUGCUCCAAAACCGGGCAUCCGCUGCAGCCGCCUUUGAGUGCUGCAGAAUUAAUGGAAGCUUCUGACCAAGGUGGAUGCCCAACCCUUGGAUGUAAGGGGAUCGGUCACUUUAAGAGAUCGAGGCACCUGGGCCCUCAGAGUGCUGCCAGCUGUCCCUAUUCAGAUAUCAAUUUGAAUAAAGACCGCAUUUUCCCUGAUCGCUUAAGUGGUGAAAUGUUUCCAGCCAGCCCAUCAUUUCCAAGAAAUAAAAGGACAGACACAAAUGAAAGCUCCUCGCCUCCUGAAAUCAGAGCGGCACAGCCUGCUGGUGAACAGCGCGGCCUCAGCUCGGUCUGCUCCUCGGCGUCGUUGCCUGCCAGAGACCAGCACACUGAUGACGUCAAAGAAGACUCUGCAGAGAAAACAGAAAGUGAAAAGAGGCCACCACCAGAAGCCAGAGGUGCCCGGGAGGAGCCCACCGUGCCGCAGGCGCAGCGUCGGUCAGCUGUGUUUCUGUCCUUCAAGUCCCCGAUUCCGUGUCUGCCCUUGCGCUGGGAGCAGCAAAGCAAACUGCUUCCCACUGUCGCCGGAAUCCCUGCCAGCAGAGUGUCCAAGUGGAGCACAGAUGAGGUGUCAGAAUUCAUACAGAGCUUGCCUGGCUGUGAAGAACACGGGAAGGUAUUUAAGGAUGAACAAAUUGACGGAGAAGCAUUUCUACUUAUGACCCAAACAGACAUUGUUAAAAUUAUGAGCAUUAAGCUGGGCCCUGCUCUCAAAAUUUUCAAUUCUAUUCUGAUGUUCAAGGCCGCAGAGAAGAAUUCUCACAAUGAACUUUGAAGAUGGUGGACUCCGAGUUCCAUCGGCUUUCUGCUUUACAGCUCAUGUUUUAUUCAAAGCACAAGGACGGUUAUAACUCUUAAAUGAGAAGUCUGCAAAACUCAAAAGAGCAACACUAUCGGAUUAUUUAUAUUCCUCAAAGAGACAAUAUAUAUGAAUUCUUAAGAAAGUGCGUGAGCUUUUAACCAGGUACUGUCUAAAAACAGUCAUCUUUUGGUUCUGUUCACUGAGCUAAAUUUAUCUUUGUAAAUCUUUUUGUGGCUGGGGGGUGGGGAAAGGGAUCCUCAUUAAUUAUUUAUGGACAAGGGAGGGGCAGAGUAAGAACUUUCGGCAUUUUGUAAACAUUGUUGAAUUCUCUUUCAUGUACACUCUUUCUUUUUCAGUACUUUCGGGAAACCUUUUUAUAUAAUUGAAUUUAAACGUAAAACCAAAUUAGUCAAAGCCUGGCAAGUUUAGCCGGCAGGACUGUUACCUGUAUUGUUCAUUUUGUGCCAUAUUCUGAAUUGCAACAUUAUGCUAAGUAUAACUUUGCAAGUCAUGAUACUGCCCAGCUGCUGGUCAUUGUUUGAUGGGGCUGAACAGUUGCAAAACUUACUUUUCUUUGAAUCAGUGUUUUUACUUUUGCACGCAUUAUGAAAUGUUAAACAGAUUACUUUUCACCAGCAUCUUUACUAUAAUUACCAAAAACAUGUAUAUAAAAGAAUGGAAUUGAAAAAUAAAAUCUAUCAGCAUAAAUAAA